UCCUCUGCGUCACCGCGCCGCACGCGUCUUCCUCUAACUGCGGUUCUAUGCCUCCCUCUUCUCUACUUGGGUGGUUUCAGACCUGUGUGUUGUACUACGGUGCCGCCAAGUUCACAAUGGCAACAAAAUCUUUGGCUUUCUCUGUCACUGUGAGUGACCUUUCCAAGAGUUUCGGUUCCGAAUUGCUACUAUCCACUUCCAAAGUUCGCGUUUUUACCCUCAGAUGUUCCGCGGUAACCACCCCCAUCCCCGUUUCAUCAUGGGCACCUCAACAAUCUUUUAAAGGGGAAAGACCUUGGAAGACAUUAGAUGCUAGGCUUGUUUUGGAAGAUGGAUCAAUCUGGAAAGCAAAGUCAUUUGGUGCUACAGGAACCCAAGCUGGCGAAGUAGGUUUCAAUACAUCAUUAACUGGGUAUCAAGAAAUUCUAACUGAUCCUAGUUAUGCUGACCAGUUUGUGCUAAUGACAAACCCACAUAUCAGUAACACUGGUGUAAAUUUUGGUGAGUAUUCAUAUUAUUGGUCUCUCUAAUUUUUUUUAUUUGGUGAACUCAUUUAUGAAUUACAUGUUUAUGCUCUCAUGCUAGAU